AUGAACGUCUUACAGGCGGCAGAUAAGUCUGCUGCCGAUAAGCUGCUACUGGGCGAAAAUAAAUCAUCCGCCACCGAGACUACAGCAUUCAUAAAUGUUGACAACAUGAAUGCUGGCAACGCAGAUACAACUAAACCGUUGCAGAGACAAACUACAGACGAGAUUGGUGAAUGGCAAGAGGUAAAAUAUGCCAGGCCGCAACUAAAACGGAAAUGCGACUCGCCAACCAACUACUCUGAAAUGAACGCAGUCAUUAGACAACUGCAAGAUAAGAUUAUCUCGCUGGAGAGUCAAAAUAAAGUGCUGACAGCCGAGCUGACAUUUCUAAAAAUAUGCAGGCUGAAUCAGCUAGCUAAUGAAAACAAGAGCAAUAGAAAUAAAUGCAGUAAUGAUGCUACCAUGGAGACGGACUAUGCUGACACACUGCCAGUGCAGCCUGUGGAUACACCGCCGGCACGAAUAAACAUACUGAGCGCAUGCCGAGCCUCAGAAAAAAAGAAGGACGUGCCUAAUGCGACAAAGGCAACUACACAACCAGAUAUACCAGCCAUAUCAACCGAAAGCAGGGAAGAUAUUAGCUCAAUAUUAGCUGAUAAGGGCGCUUCAUCGGAGUCACCUAACAUCAAACAUCAGACUCCUCACUCCAUCAUUAUGGAAAGAUUAUCCUCGACAUAUGAUGCCGAGGAUAUUAAGGAUGGCCUCUUAAACCUAGACAUUAACCUAGAAGUUCUAAGAGGGGCUAUUCCACAACACGAUAGUGAACACUGGAUAAGCUUCCUGAAAGGUAUCACUAUGAACGAAAGAGCGUACGGCAAAGACAAGGCUGCCGCUGGCAUUAGGCGCAGUACCAUACCUGCUCUUUCUGAUGAUAAUGGAACUGCUAUAUAUAUUGACGAGGAUAAAGCCAAUAUCAUCGCUGAUUCUAUUCAAGGCAUGAUUACUGCACCACGUCCCCAAGAUGGUAGUAUUAAUAUUAUAGAACAAGAAUUCAAUAUUAGGUCUCCCCUGGGUGCUUCUGGUUCAUUCAAAUUGUCUGCUUCGGCCUCCAAGGAACUCAAAGCCAAGACUGCUGAAAAGAAGAAGAAGGCCCCAGCCGCUGGUGACAAAAAGAAGAAGGCUGCCGCCCCUAAAAAGGCCGCUGGUGAGAAGAAGGCAGCUGCCAAAAAACCCUCUGACAAGAAGACCGCUGAAAAGAAGAAGGCCGACAAAACAAAGGCAAAGGCUGCCAAGAAAACCGGUACAGUUAAAGCUAAACCAGCAAAGACCGCCGCCAAAGCAUCUGCCACUAAACCAAAGGCACCCAAGGCAAAAACUGCAGCUGCUAAGCCCAAAAAUGCCGCAGCAGCAAAGAAGCCAGCUGCUAGGAAAGCCGCCGCCAACAAGUAA